AUGGCAGGCAAUGGUAAGACAGUCGUGAGGACGCUGGAGGAUUUAACGCUUGAUUCUGGUUAUGGUGGAGCCGCGGACUCGGUCAGAUCGUCCAGCGUGUCGUUGUGCUGCUCCGACACGCAUCAGUCCUUUCCACAUGGGGGCAACUGCUGGCAUCUGACAGAAUCAAUGCACAGCAGACAGAACAGUUUGGACACAGUCAACACCGUCCUGGCGGAGGACACGGAGGUACUGGAGUGCUCGGGUCAGUGCGCCAAGCUGCCCGAGCUGGAGGACGUGCCAUGGAGCCUCGGCGAGGUGGAGGGCGCACUGAGGAAAGACGAGGAGCUGAUGGUGGGCAACCCGCCACCCGAGGUCUUGGCACGGCUAUCAGCUCUCAUCAGCCGUGCCCUGGUGAGAGUGGCCCGGGAGGCGCAGCGGCUCAGCCUCCGCUAUGCCAAGUGCACCAAGCAUGAGAUCCAGAGCGCCAUCAAGGUGGUGCUCUCAUGGACCAUCUCCGUCAACUGCAUCACGGCUGCCCUCAGCGCCCUUUCCCUCUACAACAUGAGCACCGGGGACAAGUUCAGCCGAGGCAAAUCUGCGCGCUGCGGGCUGGUCUUCUCCGUGGGGAAGUUCUUCAGGUGGAUGGUUGAUAGUCGGGUGGCCCUCAGGAUCCACGAACACGCUGCCAUAUACCUCUCCGCCUGCAUGGAGAGUCUGUUCAGAGAGGUGUUCAGCCGCGUCCUGCGUAGCGCGCUGGUGGAGAGGGACAACGGGAUCCCCAAGUUUACGCUGGAGUCACUGGAGCAAGCCAUCAACAACGACUCGGAGAUCUGGGGUCUGCUGCAGCCCUACCAACAUCUCAUAUGUGGCAAGAAUUCAAGUGUAAAUGAACUUUCCACCACUGGUCUUCAUCAGAGCCUAAAUACGGCUUCACUGCGUACACAUACAUCCGGUGUGCUGAGCCUUCCGGAGAGUUUGAACCUUCACCGGGAUCAGCAGCGCUCGGGGAGGGCCGGCGAAGGUCACGGCUACUCCCAAGCCGAGCUCCGCACACUGGAGCAGUCGCUGCUCGCAACGCGGGUGGGCAGCAUCGCUGAGCUGAGUGAUUUGGUGUCCCGGGCCAUGCAUCACCUGCAGCCACUGCACAUCAAGAACCCCAGCAAUGGGACUCCAGUCCACCAGAAGACCAACACCACAGUACACUGGGAGCCCGAGGCCCUCUACACCCUGUGUUACUUCAUGCACUGCCCACAGAUGGAAUGGGAGAACCCAAAUGUUGAACCCUCCAAAAUCACCUUACAUACUGAGAGGCCGUUCCUGGUACUUCCUCCGCUGAUGGAGUGGAUCCGGGUGGCGGUCGCCCACACUGAACAUCGGCGAAGCUUCUCCGUGGACAGCGAUGAUGUGAGGCAGGCUGCCAGGCUGCUGCUACCCGGUGUGGACUGUGAACCGCGACAGAUAAAAGCCGAGGAUUGUUUCUGUGCCACCAGAAAGCUGGACGCAGCCUCCACGGAGGCCAAGUUCCUGCAGGAUCUCGGCUUCAGGAUGCUGAACUGCGGGCGGACGGAUCUGGUCAAGCAGGCCGUGAACCUGCUGGGUCCUGAUGGCAUUAACAGCAUGAGCGAACAGGGAAUGACCCCUCUCAUGUACGCCUGUGUCCGUGGUGAUGAGGCCAUGGUCCAGAUGCUGCUUGACGCCGGAGCCGACAUCAACAGCGAGGUGCCAAGCACAGUAAACAAGCACCCCUCAGUUUAUCCUGAAACGCGCCAGGGGACGCCACUCACUUUCGCCGUGUUACACGGACACGUCCCUGUCGUGCAGUUGUUGCUGGAUAAUAGCGCAAAUGUGGAGGGCGCCCUGCAGGAUGGGGCGGAGAACUACACAGAGACCCCGCUUCAGCUGGCCGCGGCUGCAGGUAACUUUGAGUUGGUGAGUUUGCUUUUGGAGAGAGGGGCAGACCCCAUGAUCGGGACCAUGUGUCGAAACGGCAUCUCCUCCGCCCCGCUGGGAGACAUGAACUCAUACAGCCUGGCAGCAUCGCAUGGCCACAGGAAUGUGUUUCGGAAGCUCCUGUCUCAGUCGGAAAAGGAAAAGGGGGAUGUGCUGUCCCUGGAGGAGAUCCUGGCCGAGGGUACAGAUACCACCAGGGAGAAGACUUUGGCUCCGCAUGCCAAUGGUGGAGGGACCCUGCGAACAGGAAAGGCCAAGCUGAGGGCCCUGAGAGAGGCCAUGUACCAUAGCGCAGAGCACGGCCAUGUGGACAUCACCAUAGACAUCCGCAGCUUAGGCGUUCCCUGGACGCUGCACACCUGGCUCGAGUCCCUGCGUACCUGCUUCAUCCAGCACCGCCGACCGCUGAUCCAGGGCCUUCUCAAAGACUUCAGCUGCAUCCAGGAGGACGAGUACACAGAGGAGCUCAUCACGCACGGCCUGCCGCUCAUGUUCCAGAUCCUGCGAGCCAGCAAGAAUGAGGUGAUAAGCCAGCAGCUGUCAGUCAUUUUCACCCAGUGCUACGGGCCCUUCCCCAUCCCUAAGCUGACAGAGAUCAAGAAGAAACAGUCCUCGCGCUUAGACCCUCACUUCCUCAACAACAAGGAGAUGUCUGAUGUCACUUUCCUGGUGGAGGGGAAACCAUUUUAUGCACAUAAAGUUUUGCUGUUUACAGCAUCACCCAGGUUCAAGUCACUGCUCCAAAACCGUCCAGCUGCAGAGAACACCUGUAUUGAGAUCAGUCACGUCAAGUACAAUAUAUUCCACUUGGUCAUGCAGUAUCUGUACUGUGGAGGCACUGAAUCCUUGCAUAUACGCAACACUGAAGUUAUGGAGCUCCUGUCUGCAGCCAAAUUCUUCCAACUAGAGGCCCUUCAGAGACACUGUGAGAUCAUCUGCUCCAAAAACAUCACCACCGAAACCUGUGUGGACCUUUACAAACAUGCCAAGUUCCUUGGUGCCACGGAGCUUACGGCUUUCAUCGAGGGCUACUUCCUGAAGAACAUGGUGCUGCUGAUUGAAAUCGACGGCUUCAAGCAGCUGCUAUAUGAACCUCCUCCUGCCGAGAGCCCUGCGUCCAGCCCCGGUGUCUGCUCCGACAUCCUCUACGACCUGGAGAAAACUCUGGCCACACGCAUCCACUCCAUCCACCUCUCCACCUCCAAGGGCUCCGUGGUGUGA